CUGAUGGAAAAAAUGAUCUCACAUCUAACGGCGGUUCCUGUGAUUCCACGGCACUCUUCGCUGCCAUGGAUUGGCAGCCGUUUAGAACAACAUCAAGUAGAGAUCCAAAAAGAUUGGGAACAACAAAAGGCGCAGGGAAAAGGACCACAGGCAGACUAACUGACCAGAAGUACGCUUCGAAAGAACACCGGAAGAUGUCUACGUUGCAGAAGGAGGCAGUCCCUCUCCUGAUGGAGAUUGUCCGGAAACUGGACCAAUUUGCGCCCGCGGAAUUAUUGCAAGUCGUCUCCAUCGCGCACCGGUUGAACGAUUAUGGCUUGUUGAAGGCGUUGGAAUCCUUUCUCAAACCGCACAUCUCCGGCUACACCGUCGCGCAAGUGGUGGAAGUGGCCAACGCGUUUGUCUCUUUGCAGGUCGGGACGCAGCCGUUCUUCGCGACGAUGGUGCAUCGGUUGGCGAAUCACGACUGGGGACUGGAGCAGAAGCCGACUUUAGUGUUGUACGUGCGGACGUUUUCCAACUCCGUGUACAUGCCGAAGAAAGCGCUGGCGGGCGUGGUGCCGCACUUACUGCGGUGGGUCAAGAAGGACGGGGAGGUGCAGGCAAUCAUGUUCUGCAGUUCGAGAACAUCAAAUAAGGGACGAAGUCGAACUGGAACCACCGGUCGUGCUAGCUUAUCCGACGUGCAGAGAACAUCAAAUACGGAUGCUACUACUUCCCUCCAAGCGAGCGCAAGCCAUAGAAACAAGUUAGACAGGAAAGUGGCAAGGCUUUUGAACGCAGAAACGGCGUCUUCGGGAGGCGGAGGCGGGGCCGAGGUAUCGUAUGCUGACGAAGAAUUCGAAAUUCUGGACGACGCAAUACCAGUACCGCAGCCGAUGCAAGGAGAAGGACCAGGAACUCACCAGCAUGUGCUUAGUACGGCGGCGAGCACGAACGCCGUCAGUGAUGCUCUUGAAAAGAGCCCCGAUUUACCACCAGAGAGCAGCGUUGCGGCCGAAUCACCGAGCGGAGAAUCCUACGCGCAAGAACGACGUCACCACAGUAAUACUGAACCUCCGAGCACAUGCACAUCCAGUGCUAGUGCAACGACAAAGAAUGACGCCGCCGCUCUGAGUCUCUAUCACGCCUCCUACGACUCUAUCUGGCACCCGCAGGAGGUGCUGGAGAUCGCGCGGAGCUUCGCACGGUGGCCGAACCCCUCGGAACGGGAGGCGGGAAGCAAGGUGAUAAAGCAAUUUUGCCAAGCGUACUUCCUGCACGAGUCCGCAGGUGCGGCGCGGCGCGAAAAGGUCCCGCUAAACCGGUUUGUGGAUUUCCUUCUCGCGCUGCAAGAAUGGGACAAGUCGGAAAACGCCAGCUGGAAGUGUCUGGAGAAGAGGAUGCAGCUUCUUCGUGUGGUGGAAGACGAAAGAUUGGUUCCGCAUUUGAAGAGAUUGUCGAUGCACGUGGAGGCUCCUGCUGGAACUGAUGUAGGAGAGCACGACCGGGUCAAACAAGAAGCACAGCUGCAGCACGAGGAUUCUGCAAUAUGUGCAGGAAGGGAUGAGGAAAGCGGGUCGAGCCCUGAAGUAGAUAGCGGGGAUCUUUCCAGCGCCGAAACGGACAAGCACUUGUCAGAAACUUGUGACACUGUUAUUUCACCUACACAUGAACAGUCACCAGCUGACUACUUCUACGUCUCUACUACAUCAUCGUCAGAAUUUCAUCAGCCUCUGCACGCAUCAUUUGGCGCAACAACAGCCGCUGCGUCUUCUCCAAUUGCGUUUCAAGACGAAGAAGGCUUGAAAGCGGCGGCUGCAAGAACCGGGACAAAUCAAGUAAACAAAUCCCCACUGCAUCAUCAAGAACUCUGCGCCAUCCCCUGUCCCUUCGACAGCACGCGGAAUCUGCUCUGUACCGGCACGGUGGCUGGUAUCUGCUACGUGUACGCGAAGCUUCAGAUCCCCAUGCGGGCCGAGAUUCUGGAAAAGCUGCUCUUACCCCAGGCCCAGCUCCCCGUGCAUUUAGUCCGGUUCUCGCCCAAGGAACUGGGGCAGAUCUCGCUCGGCCUGGCGCACAUGGAGCACGCGGGCCGGGAUGUCAAUGCGGUGCGGAGGGUGGAAGCGAGCUUGGGGAACGUUUCUGGUUCUGGAGACGACGUGCCGAGGACGCUGCAGUGUAAGGAGAAGGAUCUACUUCGCAGGGUAGAAGGACAGCACGCACAGGAAACGCAAGUGGAAGAGGAAGAUGAGGGAAGAACCACGACCACCAGCAGGGCUACGCAAGUCGCCGCAGCAAAUUCUUUUUCCUGCAGAGAAGCAGACGAAGGAGGAGGCGACAACACGAAUAGAAUCGCAGCACUCGGAACUACGUCAGGAAGCCAGGAUGUCGACCUCAGCUGCGAAGAGGACGCGAGCAGCCUUCAGUCCACCAUAGACCUCUUUGCGAAGCUCCGUUCUAAGCGAAAGGAACAAAAAGUUACGGUGCAGGAAGAUGCUGCAGCUAGCAAAGGACCUGCGCAAAGGCAGGACGAGGAGGACCUACACAUUGGCGACGCUUCAGCGGAAACAAUAGACAUGGAAAGUAACACUAAUGGACGCUUUCCUGCUGCACGAACUUCCUUUUCCGACGAAGCUACUACAGAAGAAUGUCACCCAAGCACCUACACGCUUUCCCCCGCUACCAGGAGCCAACUCCUCGACUUUUUCACCUCUCUCGAGCGCCGCGUAAUCAAGACCAUUGUGACCAUCCGCAACGCGAAAGACCUGACUAACCUCCUCUACGCGUUCUCUUUCUACGGCGCCGGCGGGCCGGAGUUCUACUCUUUACUGCAAACGAAGCUGCAUGGCAAGCUCCGCGAGUGCGACACGCACUCGCUGGCGAGAAUUCUGUGGAGUUUCGGCAACGUGGGGAAGAAGACCGGCCUGCUGUCCAGUAAGUUCCUCGAGCAGUGGAAGCUGUGUGCGGCGGAGCGGCUGCACCAGUGGUGGCCGGGGCACCUCUGCGUCGCGUUGUGGGGCGCGGCGACUUUGGAUUUGGAGCAGGACCCGUUUUUUCGGCGCGAACUGCUGAAUUUACUGAACCCCGGGGGCCUGAGCCGCAUGCGGGACAGCGGGUUUUUGUACCCGUUUCUGCGGGUGGCAAGUCAGGUGGGGGAGGCGGAAGGAACAGGAAGUGAAAAAAGUGCAAAAGAUGGGGAAAUAAAAUACGAGGAGAAUGAUUCAAAUAGAGGUACAACUACUUCAAGUACAACAAGAACCUCUACCUGUACUACGCCCGCAGCAGACGACUGGCGGCGACCGGCGUUCCAACGGCCGCAGGGCUACGCGCUUUUCUCCGACAAAGAGGAGUACGAGCGUUACUGCACCUACGUGCGACCGAAAUUCUGGACCAUGCAGGCGAGAAAGCAGUGCAUGACGCCGGGGUUUGAUCUCUGGGCCCAGGACAUUCGGUCAGUGUUGUUCUCGCUCGGUCAGGAACAGCUCGAAGAGGAAGUAGAUCUAGAUCCGAGUUCAUCUGUAACACACGAUCGAAAUGAAGUCGGAAACAGCAUCAAUCUAUCCUCGUCAGAGAGCGAAAAACAUCAACUACCAGAGGCGACAGUAUCGGAAAUAACCAGCAGUUCUUCUAGUUCCACCGAUUCUUGCGCGGAACGCGCCCCGCGCUCUCCCAUCCACAUGCUUCCCAGGUCAGGUCUGGAGUGGAGCGACGCGACGGGCGACACCCGCGUCCUGUUCGAGGAGCGAAAGGAUUUGGACGGAUUUUUGGUUGACUUUUUCGUAACGGUGGUGCGGAACGCCCGCGUGGAAGACCCGCGAGACCGAGACGUUUCGUUUCACUGUCUCCUCUACCACAGCGCGGACUCUAGUUUGCAUCGGGACACAAAAAGACCGCUCGGCGCGGCGCUGCUGCGACAACGGUUCCUGAAGAAAACGACGACCUGCAACGUGUUGAACAUACUGGCAGACAAUUGGGAAGUUGCGACGUGGGCGGAAAAGAGGACGCUGGUUUUGAGAAAGCUGGGGUUGAUGGUGGUGUAAAGCUAAAGAGCAGAUCAAAAAAUACUACACCACAGCCGAGCCUUCAUAUCUAAUGAUGUGGCCUACCAAAUAUAUGAUCAUAUUGAAAAUGGUCAGCAUGGUGGGUUUGAUAAAUACGCAUGAUGUAAGUUGUACUGACUGUUUGUUUCAUCUGUAUAAUCGAAGUGAUUAUUGUUUGAUCCGGUUUCGGCUCUCCUCGGUUGAUGGUUGACCGGCACAUGUGUUUUGUUCUAUUCUUC